AGACUGUUAUUUCAAAAAGUCGUAUGUCAAAAAUUCGGUUUUUUUUUUAUUGCCUUAAAAUGUGGCAAAUUAUGUUUCGCUUCAAGCAGCAAAAUCUCUUAUGUCAACAGCUGGUCGAAUGUGAAAUAUAAGCUAUUGUUUAAAAGUUGUAUGUAUUCUCUACUGAUUUGUGCUACUGCAAAAUGUCUUAUGUCUGAGAAGACUGGAAGAGAAGGUAAGUUGUUUUUGUUUUCCUUCUUCUCUACUAAAUAUAUACAAUUAUUCUGUUCUAUUUCUGUUCAUAAAUGUUUCAGAAAGGUUUAAUUUGUAACCUACACAUUACUUCAUAGUGUUUACAGUCUUUAAAUCUUACAAAAGAGUUAUUUACACUGUUAAAUUCUGUUGACGUGUUUUUAGGUUAUGUUUGUAACUCCAACUCAAGCUUUAGAAAAAUGAUUUUCAACAUUUUAAGUAUUUCUACUAUAUGAAUAGACUUCAUAAUAGAGUUUUAGGACACAAGUUAUGGUUUAAUAUGAUUAUAUCAUGCAUAAUCUUAAUAUUUAUUUCGGUACUAAAAUGUCUUAUGUUUGGUAUAAGUCUUGUGUUUGGUAUUUAGCCUAUUUGCAUUUUCAAACAUACGACUUUUUGGAACUUAUAUUAAAUGCAAUCUUGCAUUGUUUCAGAAAAUGAUGCAAAGGGGAAAAUUGAUGGUCGAACUAGCAGAAAAAAGACUGUCUGUUAUAAAUGUGACCCUACCAGCUGCAAAUGAAGUGAGCGUUGCUGAAAACUUAGAGGAAGAUGUGCCUCUCACUGCAAGUAUAUCUGUCCCUACUGUUGCGACUGUGAACCUUCCGACUAUGAAAGAAACAAGACAUCGGUUUGGCUUGGCUGAUAAUAUAGAGCAUGGUGAACCAGACGUGGCUGCUGCUAAAGAGGGAAUACCAGUGCCGGUUGAAGUUGGCAGUUCUCCUCUUAUUGAUUUAGAGGAAGUCGACGAACAAGCAGUUGAAAUACCUCUUUCGUACAAGAAAGAGAAACUCAGAGGAACCAACCAAGAAUCUGCUAGACCUAGCCGAAAUAAAAAAUCAAUAGGGAGAGAAAAAGUUCAGAAAAUUUUACAACAAACUGAUGAUAGUAUAAAUGAUCCCUUAUUUUCUUCUGAUUCAGAUGUUUAUGAGCCUAGUUCAAGCUCUAGUGAUGAAGAAUCCUGCUUUUCAAAAAGAAUUAAAGUAUUGAAAAAAGUACGUGAAAAACAAAACAUUUCUCCUCCUAUCAUUGCCGUAAAACCCCAAAGUUUGGUUAACAGGUCAGAUAACACUGAUAACAAUCAACAAACUGUUGAAGAAGUUGGUGUGUUUCAUGAGAAUAGUCCUUCUCCAAUGGUUGAAGAGGAAGAAGAUUAUAUAGUAGAGAACCGUGGUCAGGUGGAACAGCCUAUAGGAGGCAUACAAGAAAAAAGGAAAACGGAGGAAAGGAGAAAAUGCAGAUCCAAGGGACUGGGAAAGGAAUGUUAACUCUGCUAAA